GUUAGGGCGGGGCUAAGGGCGAGACCUCGCCGAGUUCCACCGUUGCGCUCGCCACGUCUCCCUUAGCGAGCGCGCUGGGGACAUGCAGCGGGAGGGAAAACUGAGCGGGGCGGGAACUAUCUCCUCUCGCGAGAGCUGGCGACGGCGGCGGCAGCGGCAGAGGUGGCGGCGGCGUGUCCGUGAGAGUGGCGUGGGGGCGGGGAGGAGAGGCGGCGGCGGCAGCGUCCAAGCUACGCCACUCGGGCCGGGGCGUUGGGAGCGGGAGUGCAGAGCGUGGUCGUGGCGGCGGCGGUGAGAAGAGCGAGGCGGAGGAGGGGGUGCCAUGGCCGGGCAGCAGUUCCAGUACGAUGACAGUGGGAACACCUUCUUCUACUUCCUCACCUCCUUCGUGGGGCUCAUCGUGAUCCCGGCGACAUACUACCUCUGGCCCCGAGAUCAGAAUGCCGCGGGGAGAGUCUCAUUUACCCAGGCUGGUCUUGAACUUGCUUCAAGUCAUCCUCCCGCUUCAGCCCCCCGAGUAGCUGGGCUUACAGACUUGAGCCACUGUGUCAGGAUGGAUUUUUGAAAUUUGAAAGUCAUAUUUUCAUGAGCAAAUUCGAUUAAAGAAUAUCAGAAAAGUAUAUGGAAGGUGUAUGUGGUAUCGUUUACGGUUAUUAAAACCCCAGCCAAAUAUUAUUCCUACAGUAAAGAAAAUAGUUCUGCUUGCAGGAUGGGCAUUGUUCUUAUUCCUUGCAUAUAAAGUUUCCAAAACAGACCGAGAAUACCAAGAAUACAAUCCUUAUGAAGUAUUAAAUUUGGAUCCUGGAGCCACAGUAGCAGAAAUUAAAAAACAAUAUCGUUUGCUGUCACUUAAAUAUCAUCCAGAUAAAGGAGGUGAUGAGGUUAUGUUCAUGAGGAUAGCAAAAGCUUAUGCUGCUUUAACUGAUGAAGAGUCCCGGAAAAAUUGGGAAGAAUUUGGAAAUCCAGAUGGGCCUCAAGCCACGAGCUUUGGAAUUGCCCUGCCAGCUUGGAUAGUUGACCAGAAAAAUUCAAUUCUGGUUUUACUUGUAUAUGGAUUGGCAUUUAUGGUUAUCCUUCCAGUUGUUGUGGGCUCUUGGUGGUAUCGCUCAAUACGCUAUAGUGGAGACCAGAUUCUAAUACGCACAACACAGAUUUAUACAUACUUUGUUUAUAAAACCCGAAAUAUGGAUAUGAAACGUCUUAUCAUGGUUUUGGCUGGAGCUUCUGAAUUUGAUCCUCAGUAUAAUAAAGAUGCCACAAGCAGACCAACGGAUAAUAUUCUAAUACCACAGCUAAUCAGAGAAAUUGGCAGCAUUAAUUUAAAGAAGAAUGAGCCUCCACUUACCUGCCCAUAUAGCCUGAAGGCCAGAGUUCUUUUAUUGUCUCAUCUUGCUAGAAUGAAAAUUCCUGAGACCCUUGAAGAAGAUCAGCAAUUCAUGCUAAAAAAGUGUCCUGCCCUACUUCAAGAAAUGGUUAAUGUAAUCUGCCAACUAAUAGUAAUGGCCCGGAACCGUGAAGAAAGGGAGUUUCGUGCUCCAACUUUGGCAUCCCUAGAAAACUGCAUGAAGCUUUCUCAGAUGGCCGUUCAGGGACUUCAGCAAUUUAAGUCUCCCCUUCUGCAGCUCCCUCAUAUUGAAGAGGACAAUCUUAGACGGGUUUCUAAUCAUAAGAAGUAUAAAAUUAAAACUAUCCAGGAUUUGGUGAGUUUAAAAGAAUCAGAUCGUCACACUCUACUGCACUUCCUUGAAGAUGAAAAAUAUGAAGAGGUUAUGGCUGUCCUUGGGAGUUUUCCAUAUGUGACCAUGGAUAUAAAAUCACAGGUGUUAGAUGAUGAAGAUAGCAACAACAUCACAGUAGGAUCCUUAGUUACAGUGUUGGUUAAGUUGACAAGGCAAACAAUGGCUGAAGUAUUUGAAAAGGAGCAGUCCAUCUGUGCUGCAGAGGAACAGCCAGCAGAAGAUGGGCAGGGUGAAACUAACAAGAACAGGACAAAAGGAGGAUGGCAACAGAAGAGUAAAGGACCCAAGAAAACUGCUAAAUCAAAAAAAAAGAAACCUUUAAAAAAAAAACCUACACCUGUGCUAUUACCACAGUCAAAGCAACAGAAACAAAAGCAGGCAAAUGGAGUCGUUGGGAAUGAAGCUGCAGUAAAGGAAGAUGAAGAAGAAGUUUCAGAUAAGGGCAGUGAUUCUGAAGAAGAAGAAACCAAUAGAGAUUCCCAAAGUGAGAAAGAUGAUGGUAGUGACAGAGACUCUGAUAGAGAGCAAGAUGAAAAACAAAACAAAGAUGAUGAAGCAGAGUGGCAAGAAUUACAACAAAGCAUACAGCGAAAAGAGAGAGCUCUAUUGGAAACCAAAUCAAAAAUAACACAUCCUGUGUAUAGCCUUUACUUUCCUGAGGAAAAACAAGAAUGGUGGUGGCUUUACAUUGCAGAUAGGAAGGAGCAGACAUUAAUAUCCAUGCCAUAUCAUGUGUGUACGCUGAAAGAUAUAGAGGAGGUAGAGCUGAAGUUUCCUGCACCAGGCAAGCCUGGAAAUUAUCAGUAUACUGUGUUUCUGAGAUCAGACUCCUAUAUGGGUUUGGAUCAGAUUAAACCAUUGAAGUUGGAAGUUCAUGAGGCUAAGCCUGUGCCAGAAAAUCACCCACAGUGGGAUACAGCAAUAGAGGGGGAUGAAGACCAGGAGGACAGUGAGGGCUUUGAAGAUAGCUUUGAGGAAGAAGAGGAGGAAGAAGAUGAUGAUGACUAAGCAGUACUCUGAAUGGACCACAGUGUUUGCACAUAUUUGCAAUUUUUUGCUGUUUUGGAAGUGUAUCAUAAACCAGAAACAGUACAGAACUGAUGUUGAGGGAGGUGUAGUUUUUUUACUCUAGAAAUGGGUGCAUAAUAUAACUAGGCAGUGGCGGUGCCUUGGUACAACCUGAAAAAUGUUAAGGCUUAUUGAAACCUUUCAAGUAGGGGAUGGUACAUUUAUUUCAUCUGCAAAUGAUAAUAAAUCCUUUGUUAUUAUAACUGUCCAGAAGUGUGGGCUAUGUAUUAUCUGAUCAGUCUAUGGUCCCAGUAAAAGUAAAGAUGCAGGAAACACAGUCUGUAAAUGAGUGACUUUUCUUUGUUCAGCUUUAGUUUUAGCAAACACCACAAAUAUGUUUUAAGUAACAUCGCUCAAGUUUAAGUAACAUCGCUCAAGUUGAUAAUCUCUUGAUAAACUCUGUUGUUGACAUUUUGCAGUGAUACAAGACUGUAGCAGCUCCACUCAUAGAUUUAAACUUUUAUUUUUACUUAUCUUGGUCAUAAGUUGGCAUUCUCUCACAUUCCACAUGAUAUAGAGGGCUACGUUUUGGAAUUUUCCUUUUCUUAAUUGCCCAGAGUUAUCAGACAGAUUAUAAAAAUGGCUUUUAAUGGCUUAAACCAUUUCUAAACCUCUAUCUUAGCAGAUCAAUGCAGGAUCUAAUUCUUUUGAUAAGUUCUAGCUCUAAAAGUGAUAGUGGGACUGUAUGUUUUCUGAUACUGGUGGCUUAUGUUAUUAAACCUUUUUUAAAAAAGGUUCACUCUAAAAGCUGAACUACAUCCUUAGUUUUCAGUCUACUUGACUCUAUCAGGAGCUUUUUAAGGAAAGUAAGUAUAACAUGCAAAGGAAGCUUUUUUUGUAUUCAUUUUGGACUCCUGUCAAUAAAAAUAGAAGUUUGUUGACUCGU